AUGUUACUAUUAAUGUUCCAUCUUAUAUUCAUAUUUUUUAUAUCAAAUGUUGAUAUAAUUAUUGGUAAUGUUGAAACAUUACAUUUUGAAAGUGCUUGUCUUCAACAAUCUAAUAUAGUUCAAUUAAAUCUUCGUUGUUCACAAUAUGAACAUAUACAAAUAAUUCGUGUUAUAUAUGGUUAUACAAAACAACCAUUAUUACAAGAAUGUCAAUUUAGUAUAUAUGAUUGUAUACAAGAAGGUAUAAGUCAUAAUAUACUUUCAUGUAAUAAUAAACAAACAUGUUUAAUAAAUUUAACUAAAAAUGAAAUGUUUUCAUCAUCAAUAACAACAAAUGGUGUACCUAAUUGUCCUGAUUUUAAUUAUAUUCAAGUUAAUUUUGGUUGUAUACCAAAUUCAAAAGAUAUAUGUGAUCAAUGGAAAGAUGAAGGACCAAUUAUACAUAUAAGUCAUACAUAUUUAAAAGAUCGACAAUAUAAUCGUUGUCAUUGUAAAAUACGUUCAUCAAUAUCAAAUGGACAAAUAUUAUUACAUGCACGUGAAAUGAAUAGACAAUAUAAUAGUUUAAAAACUUUAAUAUAUCCAAAAAUAUCAAAUAUUGAUUGUAAAAAAACAACAUAUUUAGAAAUAGCAACUGAUCGUUCAGAAAAAAAAUGUAUGGAUAUGUUACCAUCAACAAGUAAUACAGCUUUAUUUGGUUCUGGUUCACAUAAUUUUACAUUAACAUAUGUUAAAAAUGAUUUAUAUUCAGAAUUAUUUUUUUAUUUUGAAUUAAAAGCAAGUCCAAUGAUAAAAGAUCAUAAUGUACAAAUUAUUUGUAAUUGGAAAAGACAUCAAACAACAACAACAACAACAACAACAACAACAAGAAUAAGUACAACAAUACCAAUAAAAAAAGAACGAAAAAAAACAACAAUUGAAAUGCAAAAUGGAGGAAAAUUAAGUCGAUUUGAUCUUAUGAGACAUCGACCAGUAACUGAAAAAGUUCAUGAUGAUUAUAUUGAUAGUGAAGAUUCUACGAAUGACCUUAACAAUGAAGAAGAUAUAACUAUACAAGAAGACGCAGAAGGAGAAGAACAAGAACAAGAACAAGAAGAAGAAGAACAGCAAGAAGAAAUCUUAAUUACUACUACUACUGCAAUAAAAACAACAAAAAUAAAAAAAGCUAGAACAAAAAAAUCUUCUACAAAUACUAGUGAAACAUCAACAACAAUGACGACAACAACAACAACAACAAAAACAAUAACAACAUCAUCAGAUGAUGACGAAGAAUGGUUACGUAUCUUAUCUCUUGCUGAUAUAGAAUCUCAAUCACCAUCAAAACAAUUAUUAUCAAUAAAUAAUCGUACAUUUAUUACUGUAACACAAGCUUCAAUAAUAAAUUCUGACGAUAAAAUUCAUCAUACAUCAUCAUCACAAUCAAAUACAUUACUUAUUAUACUACUUAUUAUUAUUUGUUUAACAAUUUUUAUUCUUAUUAUUUAUUGUUUACAAGUAAAACAACCUGAUUGUAUUCAACGUUUACGUACAAAUACAAAUGUUGCAUUAUUAUUUUGUUGUGAAGCUACAAAACUUUUAUUUUGUUCAUCAAAUAAUUCACGUCAUCAAUCACAAUCAAUAUCAAAUACACCAUCAACAACAAUACGCAGUCAUUCUCAUCGUCGUCAUCGUCGUCGUCAUCAUCGACCUUCGCCAUCUACUAUGCCUGAUAAUCAAUCAAGUGAAUACUAUAUGGAUGAAACAGGAAAUAAUUGUCGUGGAACACAAAGUAUAUAUGAUGGUGGUGGUGGCAAGUCAAUUUAUAGUAUCGAUUAUGACGACGAAGAAACAGCAUAUACAACUAAAUAUGAUCGACAUCAUGAUGGAGGCAGUUACCGUAUAUCUGAAGAUUCAUUGAUUAAUGGUGAACAUAAUGAUAAUAAAGAUCAUAUACAUAAUAUAAAUAAUAAGAAUGAACGACCAUCAUCAACAACAAUUAAUUCAAAAAUAAGUAGUAAAAUGUCAACAAUAAAAUCAACAAAUAAUGGUAUUCGUUCAUUACAACUUGAUGAACAUAUUAAAUUAGUUAAACAAAAAAAAGAAGAAGCUGAAGUAUUACGUUUACAAAAAUUUCAAGAACAAUUACGUAAAAAAGAACAAAAAUGGCAACAACAACAAGUUGAAAGAGUAAAAAAAUGGUUACAAUUACGUAAUCGUGAUAGUGAUCAUCGAUUACAAGUUGAAGAAAGACGAAAAAAACGUGAAGAACAAGCUCGAGCUAAAAUUGAUGAAUUAUUACGUCGUGAAAAAGAACGUGAACAAAAUUAUCAACAAAGAAUUAAUCAUAAUUUAAAAACAAAUGUUAUACAUAAACCUGAUUCAGUAAUGAGUAUGUCUACAGAUAUAAUUUCAACUCGACGAGCUAUUUCAGCAUCACGUUUACGUUCAAAUCAUCAAGAUAUAUCAAAUCAACGAGUAAUAAAUGAUCCUACUGAUGAUAAUUCAACUAUUAUUAUCAGUUCUCAUCAACUUAAUCCGAUUGACGAACAACCAUCAAAUCAUGAUGAUCAUCAUACAAAUGACGAGAGUUUAUUGUCAGGUACACAUUAUUCAUCGGCACGUAGUCAAAUACGACCGAUGACAACAUCAUAUAUAUAUUGGCUAAAUACCGGUGAUGAUAAUAAUAAUAACAGUGCAAAUUUUAUGCGUUCGACAUACGCAACAAAAUGUCGGUCACAUUAUAGUUAUAGUGUUGAACGAUGUCCUCGAGCUUGUAGAGCUCGAGAUGAUAUAAUUAAUAGUGAACCUCAACAUCGACUAUCACGUACUACUACUAAUCGACAACAAUUAAAUGAAGUUAUUCAUCGAUUAGCUAAACCAAAAAAUAUUGCAAUGACUCAAUCAGUACAUAUUAGUGCAACAACAACAACAACAACAUCACCAAAUGGUUUACCAACAUCAAGAUCCAGUCAUCAACUUCGUUUAUCAACUUCAGCUGUUUCUACAACAUCUUCCAUUAAUCGAAGGCAUAUUCAUACUCGUCCUGCAACUGUUCCAACAUCAACUAAUGAAUCUCGAACAUCACCAACAGAUGAAUCAUCUAAAAUUGAUCAUCUAUCAUCAACUAAACAAUCAAUACAUCGUUCAAAAAUUUCAUCGUAUUCAACAAAACCACCAGUAACAUCUUCAUUUUCUCGUUCAAAACCACCUAUACAACGUUCUUUAAUGACAACAUCAAAUUCAUCAUCUUCAAUUUCAUCUUCUACAAUAACAACAAAUAAACGUCGUAUAUCACCAACAAAACCACUUAAAGCAACAACACCACCAUCACCACCACCAACAACUGAAAGUCAAUUAACAAUAAAUAAUAACGAAGAAGAAGAACAACAACAUAUACCGGUGAAUGAAGAACCGAUAUCUUCUAAUGAAUUAAUAAAUAAUGAUAUAAAUGAUGAAAAAUUAAAUUCAAUUAAACGUGAACAACAACAACAACAACAAAUUGAUGAACAAGAAUAUCAACGUAAAUUAAAUCAAAAAAUUCGUGAAGCACAACAACGUUUAGAAAUUGAACGACAACGUGAAGAAGAACGUCAACGUCAAUUAGAAUUAGAAGAAUAUGAACGUGAACAAGAACAAAUACGUCUUGUUGAAGAACAAUUUCGUAUUGAACAAGAACGUUUACAACGUGCUAUUGAAGAACGUGAACGUGAAAAUGAAUUAAAACGACAAGAAGAACAACGUUUACAACAACAACGUGAAGAAUUUGAAAGAAAACAAGCUGAAGAAACUGAACGUAUUAAUCGUGAACGUCAAGAACGUGCUAAAAAAGAAGAAGAAGAAAGAAUUGAAAGAAAAAAACGUUUAGAUUUAAUUAUGAGACGUACACGACAAAAUUCACCAACAUCAAAACAGGAAAAUAAUUCUAAUAAAAUUCCUAUUGAUCAAACAAAUGGACAUAAUCCAAUAAAUAAUAUUUCAUCUCCAAUAAAUAUGAUUAAAUCUUCAAUACCUCAUUCCAUAUCCGAUAAUCGUUUUCCUACAUCUUCAUCCAAUGAACAUUUUCUUAUUAAUAAUAAUGAUUCAACAACAACAUCUAUUACUGAUACACCAAAAUUUAAAUCUCCAUUGAUACAAAGUCUUCUAAAUAAAGCACGAAAUACACGAUCAACAGAUAAUUUAUCCCAAACAAAUAUGACAACAUCACAAAUAAUGACUGAAAGUAUGAUUGAUGAAUCAAUAACAAUUACAAAAUCAAUAACUCCAACUGAUCUUUCCGAUGAUGAUCAUCAUGAAAAUUCCGAAAUUAAUAAUACAACUAAUGGUCAUAUUGAUUUACAUUUAUCAUCUUCAACAAAUUUAAAUUCAUAUCAUGAUCGUCCGAUGGAAACAGCAACUGCUUUUCAAUAA